ACUGCAAUCAAAAAGUUCAUGUAAUCAGUUCUACCGAAUUGUAUUCAUCUUUUUCUUUAGGCUAAUAUCAGUUUUGACUCUUCUUUACUCUUACUCAUACAUAUAUGCUCAAGCAUUUUUACAGUUACAACAGGGGCUUCGAAUUAUUUGGUUUGAUAUGAUAUUUUCUAUUUCAUAGACUGGUUGAGAAAGAAAAAUGAAACCCAGAAUUGCAAUAAUGACUUAAGGGUCUUAAAACUGACAUAGAAAAUAUAGGCUUUGACAAAAGUAGAAAUUAGUUUGAACCCAUGUCCACACACAUGUAACAACAUUCUCAAUCAAUGGAGGGAUCCCAAAUAAUUUUCCUCAACCUCCAGUCCAGAUUUUGGCCGAGAAGAAGGAGAUGACCCUCUCUCUCUUCUCUAAUGGACAAAGCCCACCAUAGGGUCCAUCCGUGGACAUAUUGGUAUAUCAUCAGAAUUCAUCAUGGACCCAUCAAAAUAUUACAUGCUCAACAAUGACCAGUACAGCCUCCAGCCCCCUCCUCACCGGCGAAAAAUUCCUAGGUACCAUUCCCAUCAAUCUUCUGGAGGGAAUUGUUGCCUGAGAUGUAUAUGCUGUUGCUGUUGCACCUUCAUCAUCUUGAUAAUUGUUCUUACUGGUCUAGGACCUCUAGGUUUUCUUCUCUACGCAAUUUUGCAGCCCCAGCGGCCUGUCUACAGCGUUAGUAAUUUUGGGGUACAGGCAUUUGAUCUGCAACCUGAUUUUAGCCUCUAUACAAAGUUUGUGAUGGCUGUCAAAGCUGAAAACCCUAAUGAACAAAUAGGAUUUAUUUAUGGCAAGGAUGGCUUGGUGGUUGUAUCGUAUCAAGGUUCAAAACUUUGUUUUGGCAAGAUUCCGAACUUUCGUCAACCCGGAAAGAACACGAGUAUGCUGAACAUUGUUUUGAAAGGAAAGAGUGAGUUUGGAAAUGGCCUUCAAGAAGCUCUCAUGGAUAACCGAAAUUCGGGAAAGAUCCCUUUGCUUGUGCAGGUUAAAGCACCUGUUACCGUGGUUGUUGGGGAGUUUCCACUAAGGGAAGUCAUCGCUCGUGUGAAUAACUCUUUGGUUGUCGAUAACUUGACACUCCCCCGCACGUGUGGACUGGGUAUCUUUGGCCAAAGCCUAACACGUGGAGUAGACCCGUUAUAGAGCCCACACCUGCUC